GAUUCCUAAUGUAGCUUAAAUUAAUAAUUUAUAUGUCAAUCAACAAUGCAACAACGUAAGAAUCAUGCUUUUCCAUGUCAUUGAUUUGUCAUCUUCUUGUUUCCAUGUAGUUCUGAAUAAGAUAAUGAAAAAUAAGUUUUGAUACUUUUAUAUUAAUAUACAUGUACAUUUACUUAUUUACACUUAUGUAAAAAAAUUGCAUAAAUAUACAAUUUGUAAUAGGUAUUAUUACAAUUUGUAAUAAGUUGCCAGAUAAGAGAAUGUUAGUCUUGUAACAAACUUAUAAAAUGUACAAAACGAGAUGUCAGGAUUUCCCUACAUUUAACAAAAUAAAUAAAUUUAUUUUGCAAUUAUUAAAAAUGAAAACAAGGCAUUACACAUUUGCUUAUCUGACAGUGAUUGCAUUAUGUUUCCUGUUUAGGCCUUAGGAUCGUUAACAUUUCUUCGAGCAAAUUAUUUCUUAUUUCUCUCUGCAAAUUGGCUUUCUCUCUCUGUUCUUCCGCACGAGCAUAUGCUUCUUUCUGCAUAUCAUGCAUUUCCAUACAUAUUUGCAAGAUUUUAUUUUGUGUAUCAUUGCAUGUUUUACUUCUGUUGUCUGUUUUGGUGAUUAAACUCUUUAUCAUACGUUGAUAGUUUUGCAGAUUAUCAAUUAACUUCAUAUGCUGAGCUUCCAAUCUGGCAUAUUGUUCAUUUUUGCCAGAAUUACAUACUGUUUCAUUGGAUAUAGCAUUUCUUGUAAGAAUCGCUUGUGGUUGAUGAUUUUUAGUACUCUUUCCAGACCUUUGAAACAUGACAUUAUGAUUAGCUUAAUUUUAAUUAAUUUUAAUUGAAUAAAUUUUAAAUUAUAUUAACAAGUUAUAACUUACUCUGACUCUGCAUAAUCAUCUUUCAUAUCUGUAUCAUCACCUAGAAGAUUUUUGGAAAAGAUUUCAUCUAGAUCUCUGUAAAUAUAAUUAAUAUAUUAAUUUACAAUGUCAAGCUAAUAUUUCCACACAAAAAUCCAUUGGAAACAAACUUACUGUUCAUAACUGCAGAUAUAUUUUCCCCUUCCAUUCCUCCUAUUAUGCAUUAUCAUAUUUUUAUAAGCACGUUUCAAUGUUUUAAAUCUAUUUUCUACUUGUAGAGGAGAUACAGUGAAUCCAUUAUCUUGCAAACUUUUGGAUAUUUCUUGAUACGCAAGCUUCAUAUUUUUCAGUAAUCGAUUCUUUACCAUUUCCUUCUUGAGUUUAUAUUCUUUCAAAAAGAUUUUUGUUGAGGCAUCACACCAAGGAAAAUGCGCAUUUCCACUUUUGCUUGUCGAUGGGACAAUUGUUUUAUCUUCUUCUGGAGUAACUGCAUUAUCUGUUUUGUCAUUUUCGGAAUCAUUCUCAAUCAUUUCCCAUGGAUAAACAUCGAUAUAUAUAUCUGUACCAUUGACAUUGAAGCACAUUUGCUCUGCCUUUUCAUCAAUUUCUGAUAAAUGUAGUUGAAAAACCAAGCUGUCAUCUAUAUACAAAUGUAUUGUCAAUUAACAAUUAUUGGAUAGAUAUAAUUGAUUACAAACUAGAGACUAGACUCCAAAAUACAUAUGGAGUAUAUAGUAAAACCAAUAAUAAGCAUUACGCAAUUGUCUAUUAUAUACAUCAUAAAUAAAAUUAUUUAUCAUCCAUUACCUUCGCAUGAAAUUGUAAUAAAUCCAUUGCUGUCAACAACUGGUCUGCCUUCCUCGUCACGUUUAAUAUAGCCCUUCAUUUUUCUUGGGACAAUUGACGCUUCGCAAUAGACGAAUAUAACCGAUUGAGUUACUCGGCUCGCUCGUUUUUCCUUACGUCGAAAUUAGUUCGAAUGGGAAAAAGUUUCUCUCCGCUUCGAAAACGAAAUCUCUUAUUUUCGCGCUUUAUUCCAUUGCACCAUUUGCACCUUGGAUAUUUCGGCUGCAGAAAGUGUAAGAAGGUGCAGGCGUGGUAAAUAUAUGAUCACGAGACUUGUACUGUGUUUCGGCGAGAAACGCUCGUACCCACCUGCGGCGAGGAAACGCAGAAAAUGCUCGAGAGAGAGGGAUGAUCGGAACGGGUAGAGAAAUACCGUCGAGAAAGAUUUGGGGUCUUUUAUUCUCCAAUUCUGCCUUCGCAUCGUGCGCGAUGCUGGCGCCACCAGAUGUCAGUCGCGAAACUACGAUGACAGAUCGAUCGAUGCCAAAGUUGUGAUGUGGAGAUGACGGCAUGGCUGCUCGCUGAGGAUUUGUCAAACGCUACAGCUGUCAAAAGUUGCUCGGGGAACGAAUAUUCGAACGCGCGGAUAAUCUCAAGAUUUAUCCCGUAGAAAGAAAAGUUGUUACGUUAUCUGUAGGAGAAGAAUGUUGACGGCAGCCGCAAACACAUUGUCAAAUAACGGUGGUUCUUACAGCAAUGAAAGACCAUCCAGUGCGGGUGAUGCGGAUCUCGCCACAGAUCCCGCCUCCGGUGGAUUUUUCCAUUCCGAUUAUAAGAAACAUGAAGAUCUGAAGGAGAUGCUGGAUAGUAACAAGGAUGGACUAAAGUUAGAAGCCAUGAAACGUAUAAUUGGAAUGGUAGCCAAAGGAAGGGAUGCAUCGGAACUAUUUCCAGCUGUUGUAAAAAAUGUAGUAUCUAAGAAUAUUGAAGUAAAGAAGCUGGUAUAUGUUUAUCUCGUUCGUUAUGCAGAGGAUCAGCAAGAUCUUGCUCUUCUGUCCAUAUCAACAUUUCAAAGAGCUCUGAAAGAUCCUAAUCAGUUAAUAAGAGCAAGUGCUUUAAGAGUAUUGUCCAGCAUACGAGUUUCUAUGAUAGUACCAAUUGUUAUGCUUGCUAUUAAAGAUUCAGCUAGCGAUAUGUCACCAUAUGUACGAAAGACUGCAGCUCACGCUAUCCCUAAACUAUACUCAUUGGAUCCUGAACAAAAGGAAGAGUUGAUAAGUGUAUUGGAAAAAUUGCUCUCUGACAAGACUACUCUUGUAGUGGGUUCAGCAGUGAUGGCUUUUGAGGAAGUGUGUCCAGAAAGAAUAGAUCUUAUCCAUAAGAAUUAUAGAAAAUUAUGUAAUUUAUUGGUAGAUGUUGAUGAAUGGGGCCAAGUGGUUAUUGUUAACAUGCUCACUAGAUAUGCUAGAACACAGUUUGUUAAUCCAAAUUCAGAUAAUUUAGACGAAGACGAAAAUCGACCAUUUUACGAUUCUGAUUCCGAUUCUUCUAAUACGAAGAAACCAAAGUUUACAUUAGAUCCUGAUCAUCGUUUAUUGUUAAGAAACACAAAACCUUUGUUACAAAGUCGUAAUGCAUCUGUGGUAAUGGCAGUUGCUCAGUUAUAUCAUCAUGCAGCACCUAGAAGCGAAGUUAUGACUGCUGCAAAGGCAUUAAUAAGAUUGUUAAGAUGUCAUAGAGAAGUGCAAAGUAUUGUACUUCACUGUAUUGCUAGCAUAUCAAUUACAAGAAAGGGAAUGUUUGAGCCCUUUUUGAAGUCGUUUUUCGUGCGAACUUCAGAUCCUACUCACAUAAAACUUUUGAAACUUGAUAUAUUGACAAAUUUGGCGACUGAAACUAGCAUCGGCGUAAUACUGCGAGAAUUUCAAACAUACAUCUCCAGCAGUGACAAGGAAUUUGUUGGUGCUAGCAUUCAGGCAAUUGGUAGAUGUGCAAGUAACAUCAAGGAAGUGACUGAUACAUGUCUUAAUGGAUUAGUAUCUUUGUUAAGCAAUAGAGAUGAGGCUAUCGUGGCGGAAAGUGUUGUGGUGAUAAAAAAACUACUACAAACGCAACCGAAUGAGCAUAAAGAUAUAAUUGGUCACAUGGCGAAAUUAAUGGAUUUUAUCACAGUACCACAAGCUAGAGCCUCUAUUCUGUGGCUUCUAGGUGAAUACUCUGACAGAGUUCCUAAGAUAGCGCCGGACGUGCUCCGAAAAAUGGCUAAGAGCUUCGUGAACGAGCAGGAUAUAGUGAAAUUGCAAACCUUAAAUUUGGCCGUGAAGUUAUGCUUGAACAAUCCUGUACAAACGAAACUGUUUUGUCAGUACGUCUUCCAACUCGCCAAGUACGAUCAGAAUUAUGACAUCAGAGAUCGUGCACGUUUUCUGCGGCAUUUCAUCUUCGAAGAUGAAGGCGACCAGAAGAAGAAGUUGCCGCAGUUUGCGAAGAGAAUUUUCCUUGCACCGAAACCGGCUCCGACAUUAACGUCCAGAUUCAAAGAUUCGGAGUAUCAAUUGGGCACUUUAUCUCACUACCUGGACAUGCCGUGCGCGGGUUAUCGACCUUUACCACCAUUCCCGGAAGUAACGCAAGAUCCAUCCGUGCGAGAUGUCGCACCGCCAAUUGCACAGGAACACAGAGAAGAACGACACAGUAGAAAAGAAAAGGAGAAGAAGAAGAGCAAGGAAAAGGAAAAACCUUUCUACAGUGACGAGGAAAGCACUGCCGCUGAAGAAUCGGAUAAUCAAUCGUUCGAUUCUUCAUCCAACGAAUCUUCGGACGAUGAUAGCGAUUCUUCAGAAUAUACGAGUGAAUCAGAUAAAUCUGAGGUAGGCACUGGAAAGAAAAAUGAAACGAAAUCCGACGAAUCCGAGAGUGAAUCAUCGAGCCGUGAAGAUUCAGAUUCUGAAGAAGAAGAAGAAGAAGAAAGCGAGACUCAAGAGAGCGAAGAGGAAAAACCCAAAGUUGUCAAACAAGAAACGAAGGAGAAACCAAAAAGCAAUUUUGAUCUAUUAUUAGAUCUAGAUGAUGUUGUUCCAAUGACUCCUGUAAUGACGCCUAGUUUGGGUGGUUUUCUUACUCCAAUUAAUUCGAUAAUUACGGAAAAUGUUCAAGAAGUGUCAACAUCAUACGUUCCAUUGAAAAAGACUACUUUGUUAAAUAAUAUUAUAGGACAUGGUUUAAAAAUUGAAUAUAGAUUUACGAGAUCGCAACAUUUAGUUAGCUCGAGUUUGGUUAAUAUCGAGUUAACAUUUUCUAACGAAAGCAAUAAUGUUAUUAAAGAGAUUCAAAUAGGAAAUAAGAAUUUGCAAAAGGGAAUGUUUAUUCACGAUUUUACACAAAUACCAAUUCUUGAUGCAAACAGCACAUUAUCUUCUACGUUAGGAGUUAAUUUCAAUGAUUCCACUCAACCAGCAAAUUUCAACAUUGAUUUUGCGAUUAAUGAUGAGAAACACUUGUGUUUGGUCAGUAUUAAACCACCAAUUGGAGAGAUAAUAAGAUCUGUGACCUUGCCUGAAAGCAUGUUUAAUACGGAAAAAGCUAAAUUGAAAGGUAUGAACGAGCAUAUCGCGAAGAUACCUUAUUCUGGAAACAAAAAUGCUCUUCCUCAAAAAGUCUUCGAGGCAGCAAACGUCGCAAGAAUACCUAACGAGGAUGAAAUCAUGCGAUUUGCAGCUCAUACUUUAUCGUCCAAAUCGCUAGUAUUGGUGACAGCAAAAUUCAUUGAUGAUGAGCAACUUGAAGUUUGUGUAAACUGUGAAAAAAUGGUUAUAGGAUCGAUCUUGUUGAACGAACUUAAAAGUAAUUUGAAAUAAAAUGGGUAUGUAUUUUAUUCGCAGAAUUAAUGAUACAGAUGCAUUUCAUACACUUAUGAGACAAAAAUAUUUAAAUAUUCCGUUGUUCUUUAUUAUGCGAAAAUAAAUUCUCAAAUAUAUAUACAUA